AAAGAGGGUAUCACGAUGCAGGAAGAGGGUUCCUGGCUGGGGCAGGGAGCUGGGGGUGAGGGCUCUGGUGGGAAUGCAGGCUCUGGGAAUGAGGGAUUUUUGGUGCAAGAGGGGGCUCCAGACAGGUCCAGCAGGCUUUGCAGCAUGCUGUGCUCUCACCCACAGGUAUUGCCCAUCCUAGCUUGCAUUUGCCAGGGAGCUGGUGCUCUGGCGGGGGCAGCACGUAGACCCCUGUGGCCCCCUGCCUUGGAGCCGGACCUGCUGGCCGCUUCUGGGGUGCAGCGUGGUGUCCCAGGACAGUCCAUCUUCCAAUCUGCUACUAUGGAUUCUCUCUCUAAACCGGGUGUCCUCAGCAUAAUUGCAGGAGUCGCAUGUGGAGUGUGCCUGGGCUGGGGCAUUCGUGGGCGAUUCUUUAGACCAUCCAAAGCCAAAAUGCCUGUGUUUGUAAAUGAGCUGGGGAAUGAAGCCAGUAUCAUGGGAGAGUCUGGAGAAUACAAGAUGGUGCUGAUAGUCCGUAAUGACUUAAAGAUGGGAAAGGGUAAAGUAGCAGCACAGUGUUCUCAUGCUGCAGUUUCUGCCUACAAGCAAGUUCAACGAAGAAAUCCUGAGCUGCUUAAACAGUGGGAGUAUUGUGGACAGCCAAAAGUGGUUCUCAAAGCCCCUAAUGAAGAGUCGCUAGUUCAACUCCUUGUUGAUGCUAAACAGCUGGGACUGACGGUGAGUAUAAUCCAAGAUGCAGGUCGUACUCAGAUAGCACCAGGCUCCCGGACUGUACUAGGUAUUGGACCAGGACCAGCUGAUAUAGUGGAUAAAGUUUCUGGCCAUCUCAAACUCUUCUAAGAUGGAGAACAAGCCUGAGUUUUAUUUGAGCAAUUGUAUACUUCAGCACCAAUGUGGUAAUGGGGAUAAAAUCCAAGCUAUGUUUUCAUUUCCAUGGUUCUGCUUUAGUAUAAAUAAAAAGCAUGUCUAUCUUCAUUAGA